GUUCAGGGGGUUAAGCGGACAAAGUGGAUAGGUGAGGGGAGUAAAAUGGACUUUUUCCUAAAUACUACAAAAGCAAUGGUGGUGGCAAGAUUAUAAAUGACAAUAUAAUUUUCCCAAUAAAAUAAAAAAUGCUAAGUUCUUGGAGAUUUCAUUUUUUAGCAACUGGACUUGCUUUUCCAGUAGCGUAACAUAAGGCUAUCGGGGAAAGCCAUAGGUGUUGCAUUAGCUAGCAGCAGAAAAUAGAGAAAUGCUGCAGGGGAGAUUUCUUCUGAAAUAUAUGUUUUGAAAGUAAACGAUACAAGUUGCAUGAUAUAUUGAAUCUUCAUUAAUUCCUGACUCACAAUCUCAAGUUAUGUAUAGUUUCUGUUAAUAUGUACAGAUUUAUGUUUAUCCCUUUCUGGCCCAUGUUGGCCUUAUGGCCCAUUCGACCCAUACUUUGUAUACUUGUAACCCUAGACUGAAUGCAACGAGGGCAGUCUGGUUAUUCUUCCCUUCUUCUCUAACAUGGUAACAGAUCCUGGUUCUCCCCAACGCCGCCACCGCUUGCAGCCUCUCUCUGCCGGCAAGCUUCUCUUCGCCGGCGAGCCUGCUGCUGACAGGAUCCUGCGGCACACCCUCCCUGCUGCCUGAUUGUGGCUCUCCCUUCGUUGCGCCGCCUGUUCCCGCGGCCUUUGCGUCACCGGUAGAGACGGUGCCCCUUCCCCUCUGCGUCGCCGAUUGAGGUAACGCCCUCACCCUCUGCGUCGCCGGUCGAGGCAGUGCCCCUCCCUCUCUGCAGUGCCGAUUGAGGUGCCGCUCCUCAUCUCCUGUACGUCUACGUCUCCGAUUCGGUUGCCGCCCCUCCUCUCCUCUCCAUCUAACCAGCAACAGAGGGAGUUCGUGCUGCUGUUUGUGCUGCUGUGGCGUCCACCUCUCCAACGUCAGCCUCGUCCCUCUUCUUACGGUCAUGGGGUCAUCUGCUGCUCCUUCUACCACUCUUGCACCCGUUUCAUUUGGUGCCCCUGUCAUGGAUGUGAAGCUCAAUGGAUCAAACUACAGAGAAUGGGCUUUCUCUCUCAAAAUGCUGCUGCGAUCUGCUGAUCUUGCCUCACAUCUCACUGAUGCCCCACCACCAGCCACUAAUGAUAAAGAGGUCAAAGCUUGGAACCUUGAAGAUGAUCGGGUAAUGACAACUAUCUGCAUGAGUAUUGAUCUGAGCAUUCGCUCCUGUCUUGAGGAUCACAAUACUGCAAAAGAGAUGUGGGACUACCUGAAAGGUCGCUAUCAACAAAGCAGCUCGGUCCUUCGCUAUUCACUUCGCCAGAACCUUCAUCAUCUCCAACAGCAGGACAUGUCGGUUGAGGAGUAUUAUAAUGCCUUCACUAAGAUAUCACGCCAGCUUGAUUCAAUGGUUCCCAAGCCUUCUCCCUUAUGCAAGGAUUGUGUCCCAUCUUUGACUGACAGAGACAAGUAUGAUCAGCAGAAUACUAUGUUUGACUUUGUGAUGGGUCUGCGGUCUGAGUUUGAACCCAUUCGUGUUCAGCUUUUGGGGAGACCUACUCUUCCUACAUUGUCUGAAGCACUAUCUGCCCUCAUGGCUGAGGAGACGCGCCUUAAAACUCUUACUGCACCAGUGUCUCAGCAUUCAGUGCUAGCUGCUCCUUCCCUGUCUGUUUCGGUUGCAGCACCAGCCACCUCUCAAAAGACUCCUUGCAGCCAAUGUGGCAGGACGAAUCAUCCAGAUGAACGGUGUUUCAAGAAGUAUCCUCACCUCUUGGCUGAAAUGCGAGCAAAGCGUGCUGCUUCAUGCCGGGGGCCACUUGCAGCUUCUUCUAGCACCCAAGCAGUAGCUGCACCACAGUUCCAAGCAACAGCACCUCAGUUCCAACAAGCAGUAGCAUCUCAGUUCCAACUUCACUCAGCACCUCAGUUCCAACAGCAAUCUAGCAGCACCACCUCUGCUCCAGUUAGUGCAUACAUGUCAGCUAGCUCCUUGUCCUCCACAUUGCACCCAGGUACUAGUUUUUGGGUGUUGGAUUCCGGAGCUUCUUUUCAUAUGACUUCCGAUUCCUCUCAUUUGGAUUCUUGUCAGCCAAUCGCUGAUACUCGUUCUCGUUCUGUUCAGACCGCUGAUGGUAACUUUUGCACAGUUACUCAUCAGGGAAAUCUUGUCACUUCUGAUUUUGAUGUUUCUCUUGUGCCAAAACUUUCCAUGAAUCUUAUUUCUGUUGGCCAACUAGCUGAUAUGAAUUGUGUUAUUGGGUUUGAUGCCACCUCUUGUUUUAUUCAGGAUCGGCAAACCUGAGCACUUCUUGGUACUGGCCGUCGCCAUAAAAGCUCAUCAGGUCUCCACAUCCUUGAUCAUCUUCGGUUGCCGCCAUCACCUUAUUUUGCAUCAUCUGAUGGAUAAGUCUUUGUACUGCUGGUCUUUGUGGGGCUCUUUGUACUUUUGUUCUUUGUGGGGCUGCAGCACUUCCUGCAUGCUGCAGCACUAGGCCAUCAUCUUAGACUAGCUUUUAGGAUAGCAUCUUAGACUAGCAUCUAGCAUAUGCUUGGCUGCCCACCAGCCUAUAUAUAUGAAUCCCCAACCCCUUGGUUGGUCAUGGCAUUGUGUGAGAAGUAAACCAGAAAAAUCGCCCCAACCUCUAGUGUCAUCCUCUCAAUGAGAGUAACAAUUCAGCUACUAACAUCAUCGUCAUCAGCUUCUAUUGCGGCCACUUUCCCUCAAUGGCAUCAUCGCUUAGGUCAUUUGUGUGGCUCACGUCUGUCUACCUCAGUCAAGCAGGGUGUUCUUGGUCAUGUAUCAAUUGAUCGCUCUUUUGAAUGUACUGGUUGUAAACUAGGGAAACAGAUUCAACUUCCUUAUCCCUCUAGUGACUCCAAAACUACACAACCUUUUGCUCUUGUACAUUCUGAUGUAUGGGUACCUGCUCCUUUUGCCUCCAAAGGUGGCCACAAGUAUUAUGUCAUAUUCAUUGAUGAUUAUUCUCGCUACACCUGGAUUUAUUUCAUGAAGCAUCGGUCUCAA